AAUAAGCGGUAGGAGUGGACGCAGUAGUGACUGCUCCUGAAGGAGGAGGAGGCUCGUCGGCUGCCAAACCCGCUUCCAGCGUCCUUUAGCAGCUGAAACAGGAGGAGCAGCGGGAUGUAUUGAUCCGUCUGGCAGCAGCGCGUCUCCCGAGGCUCGGAUCCUCCAUGCGCCAGUUCAGGGAUGGAUCAGGAAUCCAGUGCGGCGGCGGCGGCGGCGUCCGGGGCCAGUUUCAUCUCCCUGAGCGAGCACGAGCAGAUGUAUUUCUCAGGUUUACACGGUCUGUGCCAAGCUGACGCCUCUGGAAAGCUGUCGUCUAGUAAAGUGGCGGAGCUGCUGAAGGCGUCUCAGCUGCCCGCUGAAUCCCUGCAUAAAGUGACAGAGGUGUGCGGAGCCAAACAUCUGGGUUACUUUGGUACCGCCCAGUUCUACGUGGCGCUGAAGCUGCUCGCAGCGGCCCAGUCUGGCUUGCCCGUCCGCCUGGAGAGUGUGACGGCGAAUCUACCUCUGCCCAGAUUUGUUGGGCUGAAGACUGAGUCAGAGAUGCGCUAUGCAGCACCUCCUGCUGCUGCUGCUGCUGCUGCUGCUGCUGCAGAACUCCAGUAUUUGUCCACCACUGCUGCUGGGACCUGGAGCCCUGCAGACAGGAGCACCUUCAGACACCUGGAGGCCAAACCGGACAGGAAGGAGCCCUGGUCCCCUCCUCGAUCCCCGUGCAGCUCCCCGCCUCGCUCCCCACUCACCCACCGCAGCUACCCGCACGCCAAGCAGAGAAACGGAGUCGAAGCACAAAUCACUUAUGAAAGCCAACCCUCUCCUCGAGGGAUGGCUCAGCUGGAGCGGCAUUCCUUUCCUGGUCACCAUGCGGGAAAAGCCACUGCGGAGCCUCCAGCUGUGACCCAGACCUCAUCAGAAAGAGACCAGCAAGUCACAGAUGAAUGUGACAACGACCCCUGGAGGAUCACAGAGGAACAGCUGGAGUAUUACACUAAUCAGUUUAAGACUCUGCAGCCUGACCUGGACGCCCUGAUCCUUGGAGGUGUUGCAAAGAACUUCUUCACUAAAUCCAAGCUCCCCAUUCCAGAGCUCUCCCACAUUUGGGAGCUGAGCGAUGUGAACAAAGACGGAGCCCUCACGUUCCAUGAGUUCUGCAUCGCCUUUCAUUUGAUUGUAGCUCGUAAAAAUGGGUACCCGCUUCCGGAGAGCCUUCCUCCAACCCUGCAGCCUGGGUUCCUGCUGUGUGAGGAGGAGAUCCCAGAUACUCCUGGAAGCGCCGAGCCUUUGAUCGUCUUUGAGGAUGCAGAGGCGAGGCCCAGUCAGAUGGAUCUCAGUGUUAAAGAUAGUCCCCAGAAGAGCACCAGAAAACAAGGCUUGGAGGAAGACUGCGGUGCACAGGGAGGGAUCAGCUUGUCUCAGGAGGAACAGACAAAACCUUCUUCUUACAGACCAGAGCCGCCUCAGGACCUGGACCUGCACAGCAGAACCAAAACCAGACCAAGGUCUCACUCCAGCACUUCUAUUGAAGAGGCCAUGAAGAAGGCCGAGGAGCCGCCCACCCCUCCACCUCGACCACAGAAAACCCACUCCAGAGCGUCCUCGCUGGACCUCAACAAGCUGCUCCAGCAGGGAGCUCCAGGAGUAAAAAGUGGUUGGUUGCUGCCUCCCCCUGCACUUCCGCCGAGACCAUCAGCCUCGCAGGUUUCCCAUUUUCCUAACGUUUCAGAGAAGCCGCAGAGUAAAGUGCCGCAGCCGAACUUCGCAGACUUCAGCCACUUCAAAGAGGAGGAGGAGAGCGCUCUGAAACCCGAAGAGCCGGGCCCGCAGUCGAGAUUUGGACUGAGCACAGAGGACUUGCAAAGUACAUCCACACAGGACAUUUCUGGGACGUGUCACAGCCAGGCACCACAAAAGCCAGUUCGCAGGAAAUACCAUGCAGAGAGCCAAGACUCUGAGGGCAUCCCCCCACCUGCCGUGCCGUUCCCCCUCCAGGACAAGCCGGUUCAGAAGCUGCAGUCCAAGCAGAAGAGGACGAUCCAGAUGGCGAUCCGUAAGAACAGGGAGACUAACGCCGUCCUGACUCGCCUGAACAGUGAGCUGCAACAGCAACUUAAGGUGGUUCACCAGGAGAGGGUCACCUUGGAGACCCAGCUGGAGCUCCUGCGGCCCCUGGCCUCCACGUGACUGCGCCCCGAGUCUGAGCAGACUGUUUUAAAGACUAACGUUCGAGCCCUGAGUAGCCAGUACUUCACGCGUGUUAAAGGGCUGAUAAUGACCCGACAGGCUGGGAUGUAGCAGAGCUUCUGCUCCACGUUUCUAUGCUAGUGCUAACUCCCUCCAGGAUUCAACCACAUAGCUAUUCAUUUGUGUGUUUUCUGAAAUCAUCAAGUUUUCAUAGUUCUUCCAUCUAAAGUUUGAACUAGUACUGUCACAUUUUACUCAGAAUACCGUAAACCUGGUGAAGGUUUAUGGCCUGUGAAGGAGUCCCACUCCGAUCGUGUUGUUUGAUGAUGUUUCCAAAGUGUUCCCAGUGGUCUCUUAAUUAUGAUUUAGCCAAAAUCUAAAGUUCUGUAUAGUUUUCUAG